AUGUCACAGUUCACUAUUCCACAGCUCUACGAGAUAGCAGGCAGACAAGCCAUCGUGACGGGAGGCGGAUCGGGAUUGGGCCAAAUGAUCUGCCAGGGAUUGGUAGCCAACAACGUUGACGUUGCCGCGGUUGAUCUUAUUCAAGAGCGCUUGGACGAGACCAUUCGCAAGUGUGAAAAGGUGAGUGAGGAGACAGGCUCGUCCAGCAAAUUCACAUCCUUGUGUUAUGACAUCGGCGACGAGGUCUCGAAUAAAAAUCUGGUGCGUCUCAUCAAUGAGAACUACGAGAACGUGGAUAUUCUUAUAAACUGUGCAGGAAUCAGAAGACAGAAUCCAGUCACGUUUUCACCAGGUGAAUCCCUCGAGAAGCUCCAGGAGGCCACUUGCUCCAUCGGGUGGAAUGACUUCCGCGACACUUUUGAUGUGAAUGUGUUUGGAAUGUACUUUUUGACUGCUGGGCUAGCCAAAAAGCUAGGCGAGGCAGCACAGAAAGGCGGUGGAAGAGGGUGUGUGAUUUGCUUUUCAUCUCCCGCAUCUGUGCAUAAUAACCAGUUCGUUCCAGCCUAUCAACUGUCGAAAGCUUCCAUUGACCACAUGGUGAGGAUCAUGGCUGCCGAGUUUGCAGAUAAGUAUAUUAGGGUCAACGCUGUAUCUCCAGGACUCUAUGAGAGCAGAAUGACUCCUAUGGCAGCGGACGAUCCGACAUCAAAUAUCAAGUAUGUUGGCCAAGUUCCGGCAAGGAGAGCAGGUCUUCCAGAAGAGAUGGUAGCUCUAAUCAUAUUCAUGUGUUCUAGGGGUGGUGCUUAUCUUGACGGUCGAAACAUAAGGAUGGACGGAGGCAGACUAUUGACGUUGAAGGGUCACGUGUAUAGCGAUGAGUGA